GUUUGAGCGCGGUCAGGAGGACACGGUCAACAUGGAGAUUGAUGACAUCGCUCCCCUGAGGAAGAUGAGGCUUCGUAUCGACGGAUCAGGAAGUCGACCUGACUGGUUCCUCGAUCAGGUGAUCAUGCGUAACCUGACCACAGAGGAGGUUUCUGUGUUCACAUACGAGGACUGGCUCUCCAGGACUCACGGACCCAAGAGGACUAUGAUCUGUGAGAUGGCUGCUGUGGUGGACGAAGAGAUGAUGGUGGAGCCGACAACGUAUAUAGUUCAGGUCAAAACCAGCGACACUGCAGGUGCCGGCACCGAUGCCAACGUGUGGAUCGUGAUUUUCGGGGAGAACGGAGACACGGGAACGUUGGCUCUGAAGGAAUGCAGCAAGUCCAACAAGUUUGAGAGAAAGCAGGUCGACACGUUUCGAUUCUCUGAGAUCCUGAGUAUGGGAGAACUGUCAAAAGUCAGAGUGUGGCACGACAACUCAGGUCCUUCUCCCGGAUGGCACCUGGACUUCAUCGAUGUGAAGGACGAGAUCAUGGACAAAACAUUUCGUUUCCCGUGUGACCGCUGGCUCGCCAAGAACGACGACGACGGGCAGAUAAUGAGGGAGCUGGCGUGCGCUAACAACGACUUCCUGGACCUCAACGAGAAGACGAAGUACGAAAUCUGCAUCACGACUGGAGAAACUGAAACCAAAGAAAACGCCUGGAUUGUUCUCGAGGGGAAGAAGGGCCGAUCAAAAGAAUUUGUAAUGGAGAACUCCUCCAAGAAGAAGCGGUUCCUGCGGGGAAAUGUUGAUCGGUUUGACUUUUCAUCCAAGAACCUGGGGGACAUCGCUGGGAUCUGCCUGGGUCACACACCCAAAGAUGGGAAGAAAGUAAAAGGGGAAGUUUUCUGGCAGGUGGAGGAGGUCGUGGUCACUGAGAGGGAACUGGGAAACAAGUACAUCUUUAUCUGCAACGGCCUCAUCCCUCUGUCUCCAAAGAGAGACGACUUCCUGACCUUCGAGUGCACCAAGACCAUCGAGAGUUUCGCCAGUAAAGCGCGCAGCUUGGUGCCCGUAAAAUACGAGAUCAUCGUCAUCACGGGCGACGAAAAAGGAGCGGGAACGGACGCCAACGUGUUCAUCACGAUCUACGGCGUCAACGGGGAUUCGGGACGUCGACAGCUACGACAGAAAUUCAGAAAUCUGUUCGAACGAGAGCAGACGGACCGUUUCCUGCUGGAAAUGUUGGACAUGGGGGAGCUGCAGAAAGUCCGGAUGGAUCAGGAUAAUUCCGGUUUGAGUCCCGGAUGGUUGUUGGACCGAGUGGAGGUAACAAAUACAGCCAAUGGCGUCACAACCAUCUUCCUCUGUGGGAAGUGGCUGGAUCUGGAGAGGGCCGACAAGCAGAUCGCCAGGGUGCUCUACCCAAAAUACUAGAAUCAUAUUUAUGUAUUUAUUCAUUCAAACUGCAGAGAGACAUUCCCUCAUGUUUUAAAGGUCUCCUAUUAUACUAUUUGUAGGCAUAUACAAAUAUAUAAAAAACAUGUCUAUGAAGUGUUUUGCUUAAAACACCAAACAGAUCGUGCAUUUUAGCCUCAAACCCCUCUAUUUCAGCCCUGCUACUAAAGUGCUGAUUCUGGGUCUAAAGCUUUAAACGUCCGUAGCCGUGAUUAAACGCCAUCAUGUUCCAAACCACAUCAAGGAUUCUCUCUGAAACAGUCUGGAGCUCAAAGGCUUUCUCUCUUGCCGGUUAUACCACAAGGUGAGUUCCUUUUUACUUC